AAGUGUAACACUGCAGUCCAAUAACGUCUACUCAGAAGUAAGCCCUGUUGAGUUCAAUGGAACUUAUUUCCAUGAAAAUAUUUAUAGGAAUGCAGUGUUAAAGCAAGAAAUCAGCUCUGCCUUUGGGAUGAUUGACUGAUUACAUUUAUAUCCAACUUUUCUUCCAAUGAACUCAAGGUGACACACAUAUUUCUUCCCUUGCAACCUUGUGAGGUAGCUUGAGUGACCUGCCAAAGGUCACCCAGUAAAUUUCUUGGCUGAAUGGGGAUUUGAAUUCUGGUCUCUCAUAUCCUAGCCCAUCACUCUAACCACUACUGGCCCAUGCUUUUGUUUAGCCGUAGGCUCCUAGAGUGAGCUCCAGCCAAGCCUCAGUGGUAAUGGCUGUAAAAUGGAACCAAGUACCCUUGCAUGUCAUGUGCAGCAGAAAGCUCAGGGCAGGAUGCUGCAGCCUAUUGUGGCUCUUACCUGAAGAGCACACCUGCCUGAAGCAUGCAUUUCCAAACCCAUCCCAGCUUUACAUUUCUUGGUGUGCAUUUUUCAAAACCAAGAAACCUACAGUAGCUUUUACUCAUCCUAACUGCACUCUGUGUGUUGCCAUUGGCUGUCUCUUUAAGAAGCCGGCAGAACCCAAGCCAAGAAGGGAGGGAUAAGGAAGUUUGGGGAAAACACCACUGUUUUUAUUAAGUGUAGGCUGUUGUUUUAGAGAGGCAGGUCUUUGCUACUCAUAAAAAAUGUAUUCCCAGGUCUCUUGAAAACACAUAAUCAAAGGGGGAGGAAAUUAAAUCAACGGACUUUUGUGAGGUUUCUGGCAGAGGCAAGGGUUGGGGUCUUGAUCCAGUGCAACCCCCUCCUCAAAACAGAAGAUGGGCAGUUUCUAAUUCAGUAAAUGUGUCAGGAAUUAGGGUCCGUUUCAGGACAAAACCAAAGCAAAAAUGAAAAAAACAAAACAAAACAAAAAGAGAGGGAUUUUUUUUCUUUUUUCGAGGCCUGUGACAAAUCAAAACCACUUUUCUGGCUCCCUGAGCGUCGGAGGCUGGACUUUGCCUUUAUUAAUAACAUUUUUGGAAUGCAUGAGUCUGUCAGGACCCGACACAAUGUUUACACAGUUUUCUGGCUGAAACCCUCGCGUGAAGAAAGGAGGAGAGUCACGCGGAAAAAGAGGUAACGAAAAGAGAACUUUCAUCCCUUAUCUUUUCAGGAGCGUUUUUUAAAAAAAGAAUAUAUUUGAGCUUUGCUGAUCCCAAUCUGAUGCCCCUUCUGAUUCUGCAGCCAGUCCUUGUCUCCCUGCCUCCGCUCCCUGAAAGCGUUUGCUAUGCAUCUGGGCCUGUGAUAUAGCGAAGGCCAAAGAAAGAGAGAAAGGGCCGGCCCUCCUGUUAGGCAGGGAGAUGAGGCUGCUUCAGGUGCUAAAGUAGGGGGGCAGCAGGAAGGGACUGGCGGACAGAGCUGUGCAAGGGUCAUGCAGGCUGUCCUGUAGCCCCCUAAGCUAGUCUGCAGCUCCCAGAGUUGGUGGAGCCAGAAUAAAAACCAGCCACCCCUCCAGCUGGAUUCUGUACAUGGAACCAGUGAGUAUGUGUGUGCUGGCUUCUUCCGUUUCAGGGGGGUAUGUGGGUUAGAUAACCCUUGGGGUCCCUUCAGCCCUACAAUUCUAGGCAGAAAAAUUUCUCAGGCCAGACAAAAUGUGUGGGCACCAAUCCACAUGGCUUCAUAAGAAGACGAGGCCAGGAGGCAGUGAUGUUUCUGAAUGCCAGUCACGGGAAACUGCAGGUUUCCUACAGGGCCAUCUGGUUUGAUCACUGUGAGGACAUGAUGCUGGACUAGAUGGGCUGCUGGCCGGAUCCAGCAGAGCCCAGGGAGUGGCUGUGGGAAGACAAUGAGUGCUCAGAGGGAGAAGAGGGGGGCAGACAGGGAGGAGGAAAUGGGCUCAUCUGAUGUUUGUAUGGUCUAUGGUUGUUAUUUCCCCCUAGAAAGGCCUUAGCAGGGAAGGUGGUGACGGCCACAGAAUACAAAACCCUGACCUGACCAGGCAUUUUCUGGAGUAGCCAGACGAGAGAACGGUCUGCCCUCUCUGUGCACAGCAGUGAUUGACAAGUUGACAGGGGCAGAGCAGCUGCUUUGCAUGCAGACGGUCCCGGGUUCAAGAGUCUGGGUGUGUGUGCCAGGAGCAGGUUAGUAUAAUAUAUAAAUUCAAUAAAGAAAUAAAUAUUUCUUUGAGCAAGUUAACUUUACUGAUGCCAUGUGAAAUAUUUAUUUAUUGAAUUUAUAUGCCGCCCUAUACAGUGAUACCUCGGGUUAAGAACUUAAUUCAUUCUGGAGGUCUGUUCUUAACCUGAAACCGUUCUUAACCUGAGGUACCACUUUAGCUAAUGGGGCCUCCCGCUGCCGCUGCACCGUUGCUGUGAGAUUUCUGUUCUCAUCCUGAAGCAAAGUUCUUAACCCGAGGUACUAUUUCUGGGUUAGCGGAGUCUGUAACCUGAAGCGUAUGUAACUUGAAGUGUCUGUAACCUGAGGUACCACUGUACUUGCAGGGUCUCAGGGCGGUUAAGAAAUAAACAGCUCAGGGGGCCAUGCCUAGUGAGCACAGCAACUCUUCCUGGCAGAUCUGAUUCUGGACUGCUCUCUGCCACAGACUCCCCCAGCUCACUAAGGCCUGUUACCUCUCCAGCGUCUGACAUUUCCUCCUCCCCGUCUGCCCCCUCUUCUCCCUCUGACCACUCAUUGUCUUCCCACUGCCACUCCCUGGGCUCUGAGCCUUCUUCCCUUGGGGGUUCCCCAGCUGGUGCCUCCCACCAGCCCUCUGAAUCCAGCCAGUCCAUAACACCCACUGACCUGCCUACGUAGGGCUGAGAGAGGACCCUGCAUGCUGCCAGUCAGUGUAGACAAUACUGGGCUGGAUGGACUCAGUCAAAGGCAGCUUCCUGCCUAAGGAUCUGUAGAAAAUGGCCAGCCGUGAUAUUUCAUCUACACAACAGGGUGUUUAUCUCUCUAGCCUAGCACUGCCUACUCUGGAAGGAGCUGUCCAGGGUCUCAUAGGAGCAAACAACCAUAGAAUUGCAGAGUUGGAAGGUGCAUCCAAUGGCCAUCUAGUCCAGCCCCCCUGCAAUGCAGGAAUCUCAACUAAAAUGUCCAAGAGAGAUGGCCCUCCAACCUCUGCUUAUACACCUCCAAGGAAGGAGAGUCCACCAUCACCUGAGGGAGUCCUCCGACUGUGAAACUGCUCUUAACUGUCAGAAAGUUCUUCCUGACGUUUCGUCGGAGUCGCAUUUCUUGUAACUUGAAUCAAGAUUUGGGUUUGGGUCAAUCAAGAGAGGCUUCCCCUCAUCUGCUACCUCUUUCAUUCAACUGGAGGUGUUGGGUAUUGGAGCUGGGAUCCUUUUUGUGCAAGACACAGGCUGCUGCCCCAAAAGCCCUGCCAUGCUAGCAGUCACUAUGUGUUCCAGCAGCAGAAAACGUUAGUUGAGGUUACUGCAGGGGUCAGCAACCUUUUUCAGCUGUGGGCCGGUCCACUGUCCCUCAGACCAUGUGGGGGGCCGGACUAUAUAUUUUUUUGGCGGGGUGGAAAUGAACAAAUUCCUUUUUUUAAUUUAUUUUUUAUUAACAUAUAAAACACAAACAUAUAAAGGUAAAGGUAAAGGGACCCCUGACCAUUAGGUCCAGUCGUGGCCGACUCUGGGGUUGCAGCGCUCAUCUCGCUUUAUUGGCCGAGGGAGCCGGCGUACAGCUUCCAGGUCAUGUGGCCAGCAUGACUAAGCCGCUUCUGGCGAACCAGAGCAGCGCACGGAAACGCCGUUUACCUUCCCACCGGAGCAGUACCUAUUUAUCUACUUGCACUUUGAUGUGCUUUCAAACUGCUAGGUUGGCAGGAGCAGGGACCGAGCAACAGGAGCUCACCCCAUCGCAGGGAUUCGAACCGCCGACCUUCUGAUCGGCAAGUCCUAGGCUCUGUGGUUUAACCCACAGCGCCACCCGUGUCCCACAUACAUAUACAUUUACACAACACACGUACACAACACACUACCUUAUUUUCAUAAUAUAAAACAUACCUACAUUCCUCUAUAUAAUACCUACCUAUACUAUACAUAUCAACAUAUCUACACACCUACCCCACACGGACACCCACCAAGUGACUUGACUUCCAGCCAUUCUUGUUACGCUACUUUAUUUUUCCAACUAGCUCAAACACAUUUAAUUAUUUAUUUAAUCUCUUCUUCUAUCUUAACUUUACUCUCCUUUCACUCUAAUCAUUUUCUGGAUUCAUUCAGUAUCUGUCAGAAAUUCUACUUUUUCCACAUCAAUUUUGAUGUAUUCCUUAAAAAUAGCCCACUCCUUAUUCACUUUUUGUACCAUAUCUCCUCUUAUACUCCCCGUUAGUUCGGCAAUAUGGAAGUAUUCCAUCAUUUUAGAUAACCAGUAUGUUUUAGUUGGGAUGCUGCUGCUUUUCCAGUUUUUGGCAAUCAAUACCUUUGCCGCCAUAGUUGCACACAUAAAUAUUGGUCUGACAGUUCAAAAAAAUGAAUGAAUUCCUAUGCCCCACAAAUAACCCAGAGAUGCAUUUUAAAUAAAAGGACACAUUCUAUUUAUGUAAAAACACGCUGAUUCCCGGACCGUCCGUGGGCCGGAUUGAGAAGGCGAUUGGGCUGCAUCCGGCCCCUAGGCCUUAGGUUGCCUACCCCUGGGUUACUGCCUUGCAUAAAGUUUAUUCUAGCCCCACAGCAGCCUUUGAUCAACUUUAACAAAACAUCCAGCCCAGACCCAGCGCCAGCAGCACCCAGCCUCUUGGGUCAGCUGCUAGAGACCCACCAUUUCGGCCUUUAUAGGUUGCCAACCAUGAACUGAGCCUGAAAGGAAGCAGGGGCAGUGCAGACACUGGACACUCUGACGCCGUGUGCUCUAAGUCAGGCGGGAGCUUCUGAACUGACAACCAGGGCAGCCCCAUAAAAGGGAAUUGCAGUAGUCUAGCUUUGCGACGUUGGCGGUAUGUGUGUUUGGUUGCUAGAUAUGCACCUGCUGCCUUCUCACAGCCGGCAGAAAGCAAUCCUAUUCCAGGAGUGGCAAUGUAAUUUCAAGACAACAGUGGGAGUCGGCUCCAGAAUAUGGUUGCCUCCCUGCUGCGGCCAAGAAUACUCUGUGCACAGCUGCAAUGCUCAUCCACAAAAUGGAGGGUGGAACUUCAGGGCAAGAUCCUGCCCUGCUGACUGCUUGCUCCAGCUCCAGCUCCAUGUAUUGGGAUGAACUCGUGCGCAUGAGUUCACUUACCCUGGGGAAAGUGAGAUCAGGAAUUGACUGGAAAGCUGGUGUGGCGUGAUGCCUUGACUUCGGUCAAUGAGACUUUUCUUCCUCUUUUAGAAAUGUGGUCAUCUUUCAGGAAGACAACAUCUUCACAGAACUUCACAGUAGCCUGUCGUAUUAGCUGUAAAGGACAUCUUGUCAAGGAUAUGUAGGAUGUUUUGGGAGACUAGACUGAAACUAUAGAAUUGCAGAGUUGGAAGGGACCCCACGGGUCAUCUAGUCCAACCCCCUACAAUGCAGGAAUCUCAGCCACCCAACCUCUGCUGUAAAACCUCCAAGGAAGGAGAUUUUAGAUAAAAGGAAGCUAUCUUGCCUGGCUGCCUGGUUCUAGUAAUCCGUCCCCAGUGCCUCCUAUUCUAUAAAAAGCAUGAUUCACUUUGCACAACCCAUUGAGGAAGAUAAUAACACAUGAAAAUUCAAAGCAGUUGCAAGUUAAUUGUACAUUCAUUCAAAAAUCCAAUUAAAACCAUUUAGUUUAAUUAAUUCAACAAAAUGGAUGAACUUGAUCCAGUGAGACCAGCUUUCAAAGUUUGAUAGUCAUUUACUCCUCCAGCGGCCCCCUGCCACCCCCUUAUCUCUUGGCACCCCCCUAGGCAAUCCCAGGGGACAGUACCACUCCCUUUGAGACUCACUGACCUAGACCUAUUGCAAUCUGGGUCCAGGCCUGGCACCUAAGGAGCCUUGGUCCCUCUGGCGGAUGACCUCUGUGGGAGAAGGUUCUUGCUUGAGUGGCUCCAUGGGUUGGAGUUGGGGGCCCUGCGUUGCAGUGACUGCAUAGGGCUGAGCAGAAGUCCCUCAAUGCUCCUCUCUUGGGGGAGGAACCCCCCAAAUAGAAGCAGAACUAUUGCAAUCAAGCCCCCAAUAUCCAGUUCAUCAGGGUUCUUUGUCAAAUCCAGGCCUGGACCCGGGCUGAAAUGGUUUAGAUACUGAAAUGGGGCUCGCUCUUACAUAAAAGGUAAAGGGACACCUGACUGUUAAGUCCAGUUGUGGACGACUGUGGGGUUGCGGCGCUCAUCUCGCUUUAUUGGCCGACGGAGCCGACGUUUGUCUGCAGAGACCUUUCGGGUCAUGUGGCCAGCAUGACUUAGCCGCUUCUGGCGAACCAGAGCAGCGCACGGAAACACUGUUUACCUUCCCGCCAGAGCGGUACCUAUUUAUCUGCUUACACUUUGACAUACUUUUGAACUGCUAGGUUGGCAGGAGCUGGGACCGAGCAACGCGAGCUCACCCUGUCGCGGGGAUUUGAACCGCCGACCUUCUCAUUGGCAAGCCCUAGGCUCUGUGGUUUAGACCACAGCGCCACCCACGUCCCUCAGCUCAUACAUGCACAUCUGCAAAUUACACAAGCAAUAAGAUGCAAAUGAACAUAAAUUAAAUCCACACUGAAACAAUCCAGUAGAUGUUAAAACCCGGAAGUAAAGUAUGCCAUAAAACAACCCCAUAAAAAGGCCAUAGCAUUUAUAGCAGCAGAUGUAGGUUAAGAGAUUCAAGGGCCUACCUGUGUCAACAGGGGCAUAUUGAAAAGCCGUGGGAAUGCCAGUGUAGAUGGGGCCUCUCACAUUUAAUCAGGGAGGGCAUUUAGCAACACCAGAGCCACUGGCGAAGAGAUCUGCCUACACAUCAGCACAGGCUGAUAAUCAGUGGGUAGCAACAGGAAACAAGUGGUUUGCAAGGCAAUAAUUUCCUGUCUUUCUUUAUUUCUUUCCUGCAGCUGAAUGGGGAGAAGCAAUGGGUCCAUGGUUCUGCUUUUUCACUGCUCUGCUCUUGGUGGAGACUCAAAGCUGCCCCGAGAUCUGCAACUGUGUAGCCAAGAAGAAAUAUGGCCGCCACAUCGCCGACUGCUCCUACAGAGACCUCCGGGCCGUUCCCCUUGGCCUGCCCUUCAAUGCAACUACUCUCACCUUGUCCGUCAACCACAUCUCCUCCCUGCAGGAAGGCUCCUUUGCGGAUGUUCUCGACCUGCAGGCCCUGUGGCUGUCGCACAAUGAGAUCAGCGCUGUUGCCCAGGGCACCUUUGCCUCCCUGGUGCAGCUGAGGGCCAUUGAUCUCAGCCACAACCGGAUUGCCGUCUUCCCCUGGGGAGACCUGGUCAACCUCACUGCCUUGCAGCAGCUGAAGCUCAGCAGCAACCGGCUGGAGAGAGUCCCCCCAGAGGCCUUCCGCACCCUCAGGGAUCUGAGAUCCCUCUGGCUGAAUGACAACAGGAUCUCUGUCCUCGCCGGAGGGACCUUCAGCUCCCUGCCCCUCCUGUCCCAGUUGCAGAUCAACCACAACCCCUUCAACUGCUCCUGCAAGGUCUGGGGACUGAAGAGGUGGCUGGAGGAGACUCCAGUGUCCAUCCCAGAGAGGGACUCCAUCACUUGUGCUGCCCCAGACAACCUGAAGGGCUUCAUCCUUGGGAGAGCCUUGAAGCUGGACUGCAUGCUUCCUUCCAUCCAGUUAGCAUACCACUCCAGCUUGGGCAACAGCGUGCUGCACGAUGAGCUUACUCUCCGGUUGCACUGCAGUGCGGUGGGAAGGCCGCCGCCGGAGAUCCAGUGGAAAAUCCAGACCUCCACUCGGGAGGUGGUGAUCAAUGGACCAAACAUGGGAGAAGGGGGCAACUGGCUGGCUGCUGGGAGCUUGGAGCAGCGCAUCCUGGUCUUCAAGAACGGCUCGAUGGCCAUCCCUGAGUUCAGCAAGGCUGACGAGGGUAUCUACACCUGCCAGGCCUUGAAUGAUGUGGGAUCUCGGGAGGCCUCGGUCAACGUGGCCUUGGCCGGUUCGAAGAAUCCUGCUGGGGACAUCACCCGGAACAACAUCCAAGCCAGCAAGCCCCAGACUGAACCUUGUGAGAAAGAGGAGUCCCCCAAAUCGGAAGACAAGUUCGUGGUGAUCUACCUUACACCUGUGGUGCCGAUGACCAGCAAUGAGGGAGCGACCCUGUGGAAGCCACAGGCCUGGGCUGGCGUCCUUCUGCUUCCGCUGCUCACUCUUUAUGGCUGAGACACGUGCAGCCUGGUAUCAUGCGUAGGAAUGUAGUGCGAGGCUGAGAUAUUAUUUAUUGCAUUUAUAUCCCACCUGUUUCUCCCAGGAACUCAAGGUAGUUAGUUCUCCCCCGGCCCAUUUUAUCCCUACAACAACAACAUCCCUGUGAGGUAGGUUAGGCUGAGAGGCAGUGACGUUAAUGGCCAAGUAAGAGUUUGAAACUUGGCCUCUGUCAGGUCCUGCUCCAACACUCUAACCACUAUGUAGCACUACACCACUGGUUGCAAAGCAGAGCUGCCAAAGUUAAAUCAGCCUAAUAGUCAUUCCUCCUUUCCAGGAAACCUUGAGAACUGUAGUUCCCCAUGUACGGAUUGGAGUCCACUAACACAGAAUCCUCUGCAGCUUAGAAGGAAGCCAUGGCAUUGCAGUAGGAAAAGUGAUUGAGUUUGUAGUAAACAUUUAGUCUUUGUGGGAAGGACUUGAUUUCUUCCAUUUUAGUCUCAUAACUGUAAUUAGUUUUAAACUCACCCCCUAAAGUGUAUGUUUAACUGCUGUGACCAGCAAAGGGUGAGGGAUAAAUCCUGAUCUUCAUUGUAGUCAAUGCUGUGUUCACAAACAAGAGUCUAACAUUUUCAAAGAGAGGCUCACCAUAUUUCCAGUCAUUCUGCUUAACAUUUGCAAAAGAGAAGGCAAGAUUGCAGUUUAUUCCAGCUAUGACUAACCACACUUUACAUAUUCAACGAAAUCUGUCUUCUGCAUCACCACUGAAAGGCCGAACAAGACAGAACAUUAAAUGCAUCUUUUCAUUUAA